CAAAAACUUGACUUCAGUCUGUCGAACUCAGCCACCGGUUACCAUGUAUCGGACCCUCCUCCGUCAUUUUCGCCGCUCCACCUCUACCUCCACCGCCGGGACAGCUCAUAUUCUAUCCCUCAAGAGCCAACACCUCCCGCAAAACCCAAAUCAAUUGAUCGCACUCCGAUCCUAUGCAUUCACUUCCGCCGAAGAAGCCGCGGCAGAGCGCCGUCGGAGAAAGCGCAGGAUGCGAAUCGAGCCUCCGAUGUGGGCCCUCCGCCGCGACCCUCCAUCCCAUUCCCAGCAGGGUAGUGCCCCGAAAGGUCCUCCGAUGCCUGACAGCACCUCAGCCCUAACCGGUCCUCGGCUGAACCUCCACAACCGCGUUCAAUCCCUAAUUCGCGCCGGGGAUCUCGAUUCUGCCUCUGCCAUAGCUCGCCACGCUGUUUUUUCCAAUGUCCGACCCACUGUCUUCACCUGCAACGCCAUCAUCGCGGCUAUGAACCGCGCCGGUCGCUACACUGACUCGAAGAACCUCUUCCAAUACUUUUUCAAGCAAUCAAGUAUUAUCCCCAAUAUUGUCUCGUACAACAAUCUUGUCCUUUCCCAUUUCGGAAACGGGGACGUUGAGGAGGCAACCAAUGUUUAUCACCUUAUUUACCAGGAAGCCCCUUUUUUGCCCUCGUCUUUUACUUAUCGCCACCUUACAAAGGGACUUAUUGAUGCUGGCCGAAUCGAUGAGGCCGUCAGUUUCCUCAGGGAUAUGUUAGCUAAAGGUCAAGGUGCGGACUCGUUAGUGUAUAAUAAUGUAAUUUAUGGGUUUCUCGAAUUGGGCAAUUUAGAUAGAGCAAAUGAAUUUUUUGAAGAGUUACAAGAGAGGUGUUUGGUUUAUGAUGGGGUCGUUAGUGCGACAUUUAUGGACUGGUUUUUUAAGCAGGGGAGGGAGAAGGAGGCCAUGGAGGCGUACAAGUAUUUGAUGAAUAAGCAAUUCAGAAUGAUCCCUGCUACUUGCAAUGUGCUUUUGGAGGUAUUAGUGAGGCAUGGGAAGGAAAAGGAGGCUUGGGAUUUGUUUAAUAAUAUGUUGGAUAAUCAUACUCCUCCCACUUUUCAGGCUGUGAAUUCGGAUACCUUUAAUAUUAUGGUGAAUGAGUGUUUUAGGUUAGGGAAGGUUUCGGAGGCCAUGGAAGUGUUUAAGAAGGUUGGUAAGGCAGAAAAGUCGAGGCCUUUUGCCAUGGACGUGGCGGGGUUUAAUAAUAUGAUUGUGAGGUUAUGUGAGGUUGAGAAGUUGGAGGAGGCUGAGGGUUAUUUUGUGCAGCUGCAGAGUAAGUCUCUGUCACCAGAUGUUACGACCUUUAGGACUUUCAUUGAUGCUUAUAUUAAGGCGGGCAAGGUGGGUGAAACUUUGGAGAAGUAUAGGAUGAUGGUGGUGGCUGGCCUUAGGGUCAUUCCCGCUUAUGCUAAUAAAUGGUUUAGUUUCUUGAUUGAAAAAGGGAAAGUGGAGGAGUGCGUGCCUAUUCUGAUGAAGAUGUGUGAGAGAGAACCGAAACCUGAUGUUACAACUUUUGAGAUUGUGAUCAGGGGGCUCUGCGGAGUCGGUGAACUGGAGGCCUGCUCUUAUGUGGUAACUCAGAUGAUUACCUUUGGUGUUGGUGUCACCCCUGCGCUCAAGGAAUUUCUGUUGCAUGUUUUUGAGAAAGAGGGAAGGCUUGAGGUUAUCGAGAGAAUUGUAAAUGCAAGAUUUCCAUUUUAUCCACCCCCACAGGUGCCAGCAUCCCAAAUGCCCGGACAGGUGCCAGCAUGGCGGGUACCAUUAGCAACCCCUCAGUCGGGAAUGACAUCAUUUUCCCUGUCUCCUCAAAUUCCAACACAGGUACCUCCUGCAGGCCCACAAAGCCCUUGGCAGUCCUCUGUUUCACCUCAACUGCCCAGCCAAGCGGCAGCAGGUGCUACUCAGAUGUCGUGGCAGGCUUCUGCUUCUUCUGAAAUGCCAGGACAAUCACCGGCAGGGGCAUCUCAAAUGCCAGUGCAGGCUUCAUUUACUGCUCAAGCUCCUAGAGCUGCUCAAGGGCCAUGGCGGGCUUCUGUUUCCUCUCACAAUCCAGGGCAAACAUCUCCAGCAGCUUCUCAAAUGCCAUGGCAAGCAUCAUCCGCUGCUCAAACUCAAGCUCCUAGAACGUCAGAAAUGCCAUGGCAGGCUUCAGUUUAUUCUCGAAUGCCUGAGCACGCAUCAUUUCCUUCUCACUCCCCAGGAAACGCCCCAGGAGCUUCUCAAAUGCAGUGGCAACAACCACCCGGAGCUUCUCAGAUGCAAUGGCACACAUCGUCUCCACAAGCACCAGGAGCUUCUCAUGUGCCAUGGCAGACUUCAUCUUCUCCACAAGCACAAGGAGCUUCUCCGAUGACAUGGCAGGCAUCAUCUUCUCCACAAGCACCGGCAUCUUCUCAGAUGUCACGGCAGACGGCAUCUUCUGCACAAGCAACAGGAGCUGCUCAGAUGCCAUGGCAGACAUCAUCUUCUCCACAGAUGCCUGAACAAGCAGCAGCACCUUCUCAAAUGCCAGAACAGGUAGUAACACAUCAAAUGAGGAAAUAAGCAAUGCCAUCAUCUCCAAUGAUAGAAUGAAUGGAAUUUUCAGAAAGGCAGGUCAGGUGACAGUCAACUGUUAGGUACACAAUCCCACUCAAGUCAUAUCCUUUCUGAGUUGGGCUUCAAACUAUACGUCAUACAUCUAUUCUGGUCACAACAUUGAUAACGUAAAUGAGAUUAGUUUUGCAACUGAGUGUAGUGUAUCAAUUUCUUGUCAUUAUUACAGAGUUAUGUGCCAAGUACAAGGCAUCUGUUUUAUUAGAUUUUUUGGUUAUUCUGACCUCUUUAUGAUUAAAAAUCUAUUCGAGUAUUAGCUUUGCAGCCCCACUUCCCCCUCCCUCCAACCCCAAAACCCCAAUACACACACACACACACACACCGACUGGGUAAAGUAGUGAAAUACCUAAGCCUCCUCAGUGCCAGACAAAGACCUUGCUUGCGACACUCGUAGCCCUCUCGAUUAAACAACCGUUAUCCCAGAGGAUCCUGGAAAUAUUCAAAGGUGGUGGAAUGAGGUCCCAAUCUUCAACUGUCAACCUGUAUUCACAGCUCUGGGAAAGAGGGGUAGAGGAGCAGUGAUGACUCAUGAAGCCACAGAGUAGUUGCUGGUGCUCCAAAACACUAUAGUGAAGCCUGAGAUUACUCACUUUUACCAAUCUGGACAAGUAACUGCAAUUAGGUGGAGUGAGUAGCCUCUAUCCUUCUUUACUUUCUGCAGGUUCUUACCGAAUCAUUUUGAGGGAAAAAUAGCUGGAGCUAUAGGAUUGGGUUUACUUAUUCUGAGACAUUGCUGAUGUUGGAGUGACAAUCUAUACGCCUCUCCUUUUAUUUCUCUUCCUAUGCUGAGUUAGAAGCUCAUUAUCAGCUUCCUGGCUCAGCACUCAGCAGCUCCUCCAGUCCCUUUUAGGGAAUGAAGUAAAAGAUUUAUCAGUCUUUUCAUUGUCAUUUCAAUCUGAAGGCUCAGUAAAUGCUCAUAGCUGCAGUUCACUGUUGUAUUUAGGAAGAACAGUUCUGUGUAUAUUGGUAUAUUGCGCCAAAGUUGGCUUACUCAAUACUUGAUAAAUUAAUUGCCAAGACGUACAUUAACUCCAAGAAUUAUGCUAUUAUAUUCCUAAAUGACAAUCAUAUGGCAUGUCAAGGAAAUUCAACUAU